UAUCGCCUGGCAACAACAAACAAAAUGGCGAAGAUCGUGCUAGCAGGCGCGGCGAACUGCCCAUACUUUGCCAGGUGUGAACUGCUUGCAGACACGUUAGCAGAUAAUUUGGAGGAUUUCAAAUUACACAAGAUUGUCGUUCAGCCAGACAAAUGGCAGAAUUGGUUGGAAAGUACCUGCAAAGAGCGGGGAUUCAUGCACAGUUCCUCUCCACUGGUAUGGCGUGAACUGGUGGACAGAGGCGGCAAGGGGGUGUUGAUAGGUGGCGCUAAUGACUUCCAGGAGUAUGCCUAUGGUUACUAUGGCAUAAAAUCAGAUUUUGUCAGUGAUGACAUGAAGAAAAUAGGGGAAGAAAACUUGAAAGUCAAGAUUGAAGUUGAUAAAGAAGAGGAGGAAUUUAGGUCAAGGUCACGUCCACUGAAAGUAUGCAUCACCAAUGCCAGCUGCGAUGUCUGCUACCAUAUGAUAAGUAGUAUUGGCCAAGGUGAUGUGUUUGGGAAGGGGACAGAGAUUUCACUACAUUUGCUUGACACAGCAGAGAAUAUGGAAUAUUUAGAAGGUGUUCAAAUGGAAGCUAUUGAUCUGGCACAUGGGCUGUUACGCAAAGUUUCAGUGAUGACAAAUCCCAGGGAAGCUUUCAUGGACUGCUCAGCCAUCAUUUUCUUGGACGAUAUUGUAAAAAGUGAUGAGGAAAGUAAAGAUGACUGGUAUAAAAGAAACGCUGACUGUUUUACAAACUAUGGCCACGUGUUGGAUGAGGUUGCCAAAAAGAACGCCCGUGUGUUGGUGGCGGGAGAGGGCCCUGUGAACUUCAACACAUUCAUUCUCCAUCAACAUAUUACCCAGAUACCACGCCAGAAUAUCGUAGCGCUUUCCCGUAUGGUUGAAAAUCACGCGAAGGCCAUCAUUUCGGAACGGCUGAAAGUCAAUUCUGCUGAUGUGGUAGACAUUAUAGUAUGGGGAAAUGUAGGGGGGACAAGCUACGCUGAUAUGUCCCUCGCACGGACCCAUAAUUAUGAUGGCGCUAUCUGGGGGCCACCUUUUUUCUCUCGAUCUGCCGUUGAGCUUGUUCACGAUAACAAGUGGCUGGAGAAGGAAUUCCCAGAAGAACUUGCAGCCCGAGGGGAGAUGGUUGGUAAGGCCUUGAGGAAAAAGCCGUCAUUGUCCAAGGCGGCUGCAGUGGUCAGCCAGCUUGCUCACUGGUGGAAUGGGUCCCCCAGUGGUCAGAUGUGGUCAAUGGGAGUGGCCUCUGAAGGUUGGUAUGGUGUUCCAGAAGGUCUGGUGUUUUCCUUCCCUACUACCAUGUCUCCCAAGGGUUACUGGAGUGUGAUACAAGACAUUGAACUCAGUGAUGAAACCAAGGACAAAAUACAAACAAUAGUCAAGGAACUAAUAUCUGAAAAGGAAGUGAUAUACCCACCCCCCUAUGUGCCACCCCCUACGCCCCCCAGUGACCCCACCCCUUUGCCCCCCACCCCCCAGGUGGAAGAGAAGAAAGAGGAGGAGGUGAAAACUGAAGGGACUAAAACUGGGGACUCCAGCAAAGAUACUUCAGAGAGUGACACAGGUACCACCAGUGCCACAGACGGAGAGGACAAUAGCGUUGACCCAGCCACUGGGCUGGCUAAUAUUAUGGAGGAUAAAGUUGGUGAGGAGCGUGAAGCCGUGCACGACACUGCCAAAGAUGAGGCUGCAGAAGAAUAGAUAGCAGUGCAGUAGCUUAGUGAUGGUCCAUGCUUAAAAAAAUUAUUUUUUAGUGUGAUAAAUACAUCGAACAGAGAAUAAAUAUUACUUAAGAUUACAAAGUUUGGCUGAUUCCAUAAACUCAGCAACAGUUGCAAGAGAAAAUAGAUGAUAAAAACAAUAAAACAUUUCGAAACUGUAAUGUUUAUGCCAUGAUUUAUUAUCAAAAAUGUCUGAGUUUAUUUAUCAAAGUGUAUUAAUCCUAGUUUGCAGGUUGGCAGACUCCAAAGUAUUUAUGUACACGAAUGAUGAUGGCAUAAUAGUAUCAUCGUUACAGCGUAUACUUGAUCAAAUUACAAAAGCAUUUG